GAUACGCCGGCGGCCCCCCAUUACUGUGCGACGACCGAGGCCUGUGUUUUCAUGAUCCCGAGUUUUCGUUCUGCCAGAGAGUCUGCCUCUUCCUUAAAGAAUAUGGGAUAGGCUGGAAGUGGGUCACACUCACAGUGGACAUGGGCCUAUUCCCUAUUAGAUGGUACGUCGACUUAAAAACAGCCGCCCCACCUCCGUGCUGGAGGCCCUUCUCGGAAAGCUGUGCAGCCACCUCGACUACGGCUGUUCUGUAUUGGAGAAGUUGCCUUUCCUGAAGGCAGAGGCAAUUGCUGCUUACAUCGUGGAUCUUGUUAGGCUUUGUGGUUGUACCGGAUAGGCACUUUCCUCAGGGCUACACUAUCCUCCCAAAUUCUCAUCGGCUCAGUCAUCUGAAGUUAAACUUUUUGGAUUCGACUUUUAGUUCCAAGUAAAACUGGACUGGAUAUACACAUACAAACAAAUAUGUGUGUUUGUAUGAAUAUUUAAGUAAGUAAUCAAUGACAGAAAUGAUUUUUCUGUGUACGAAAUACAUAUUCCUUCACACCCAAAAUCAAUAAAACAUUUUGUGCCACGACAGGAAACCCAUUCAUGUAUAGUAUAAAUAUUAGUGUGUGUGUGUUUGUACAUAUAUAUGCGUAUAUAUGGUAUACGAAUAUAAUAAUAGCAUCUAAUAAUAGCAUCUUGCACUCUUUAUUGUAAACACACUAUUGGCCAAUAUGUUUCCUUUUACUUGAAGCUGAAUUUUGCUCUUUUGUUUUCCUGAUAAUAAAAAGCGUGCUAAACAA